AUGUCGGAGUCUUCAACCAAUACCAUGGCUGAAGGUCAUUUGCCAGGGGAUGCUCUUCGCAAAGAAGAAACACACCUCACUCGUGCCUCGACUCGCCGGACCUUAGAACGCUAUGAGACACGGCCCACCCAAGGUGCGGUAGAUGUCUUGGACCUACCUUAUGACAUGCUCGGCGAAUCGGCCGAUAUGGCAGAGUACACGGAAGAAACAGCCACAGGUAUCAUACCCAAGCGCACAAUUUCAAGAGUCAGUGGCUUGGUGGAAGAACACGAAUUGGUCACCUUCACAAUCAAUGACCCUGAGAAUCCGAAGAACUGGUCCAAGGCGUAUAAAUGGUGGUGUACCAUGGUUGUGGCAUUCACAUGCUUUGUCGUCGCUUUCAACAGCGCGGUCAUCACAGGUAAUCUGGAAGGUGUUUCGGAAACCUUCAACGUCUCGAUGGAGGUUGCGUUGUUGACCAUUACCAUGUUUGUCAUUGGGUUUGGUGUAGGACCUCUCGUCUUCGCCCCAUUGUCAGAGAUGUAUGGUCGCAAGCCUGUCUACAUUAUCACCAUCGCCAUCGCCGUGAUUUUUGAGAUCCCGUGCGCAGUCGCACAGAAUAUCGGUACCCUCCUGGUCUGCAGAUUGAUCGACGGCAUCGCCUUUUCUGCCCCGAUGACUCUCGUUGGCGGCACACUCGCCGACCUCUGGAAGAACGAGGAGAGAGGAGUUCCAAUGGCAGUCUUUUCUGCAGCGCCUUUUAUCGGACCUGCGAUCGGCCCGUUAGCUGGUGGGUACCUGGGCAUGGCCAGUGGUUGGAGGUGGCUGUACUGGAUUCAACUGAUCCUGUCCGGUAUCUGUUGGCUUCUCCUCGUCUUUACCAUUCCCGAAACAUAUGCGCCAGCCCUCUUGGAUCGACGCGCCAAAAAUCUUCGAAAGACAACCGGGGAGGCCAAAUAUGUGACCGAGAAAGACCUUGAUACUCGACCAUUCAGCGAACGUCUGCGCAUCAUUCUCCUUCGACCUCUUCAGCUCCUCUUCCUAGAGCCCAUCGUACUCUUCAUAUCGCUUUACAUGAGCGUUCUGUACGGGCUCUUGUACAUGUUCUUUGUGGCCUACCCGAUUGUCUAUGUUGGAGGAAAAGGCUGGUCUGAAGGCAGUACCGGACUGAUGUUCAUCCCGCUGGCGCUAGGGGUACUCAUGUCCGCAGCUUUGUCACCCUUGAUCAACAAACAUUACCUCAGCCUCUGCAAGCGUGCCCCCAAUGGUAAACCGGCAGCAGAAGCACGUUUAAUCCCCAUGAUGUUCUCAUGUUGGCUUAUUCCGGUUGGUCUAUUCAUCUUUGCCUGGACCUCAUACCCCGAGCUGUCGUACUGGGGACCAAUGAUGGGUGGAUGGCCAGUGGGCUUCGGAUUUAUCUUCCUGUACAACUCGGCCAACAACUACCUGGUUGAUACAUAUCAGCACCAAGCUGCGAGUGCUUUGGCGGCCAAGACAUGUAUCAGGAGCUUCUGGGGUGCCAGUGUCGUACUUUUCACGCAACAGAUGUACGAUCGCCUGGGCUUUCAAUGGGCAAGUUCACUUUUAGCCUUCAUCGCCUUGGCUUGCUGUCUGAUCCCAUAUGUAUUCUAUUUCAAGGGUGCAGCAAUCAGGAAGCACAGCAGAUAUGCCUUUGCUGAUGACGAAGAUGAGAAAUUGGGGAUGGAGAAAGUGUGA